AUGAAGAAUAUGGCGAACAAAGGUCUUGAACCCAUCGCAGAUCAAGCACUCGUUGAAAGAUUUUGCUACGGGCCCCGUUGCUUAAACAGACUGGCGCGUGCAAGUUGCAAACUUGAGCUAAAUUUACAAAUGGCGCUUAAGGAAAAUAAAAAUUUGUACGCAGAGUGUAGUCAUAUCAAGCGGAUCAAACCUGACGCUAGAGCCACUGAAGAAAUAGCUAGAGAGAUCGGUCAGAACUAUCGAACCAUACCAACAUUCGAGAAAGGACUCUUCGACUAUACGUAUAUGAAUCAUUAUUCAUUGGAACGUAACGAAUUACUCAAAUGUCGCUGGAUGCAAUACAAAAAACAUAUCGAGGAACGUGUAUUUGCUCCUUUUCAAUUCCCUUGCAUAAGAGAUUUACAUUUUUACAACGGUUGUAUUCGAUUCUUACCUGGUGAAUCGACAUAUCGAUAUCCCGAACAUCGAAUGAAACUAACAUCGGGACCUGGAGUCGAUUUUCGCGGUCAAAUGCCCAUCCCUCAAGAACUGCUUAUGAAACGAGGAAGACUCGAAAAGAAAAAUGACGGGGAGGUUAUUGUUAAAAAAAAUAAAAAGACAGCGAAAAGCAAAAAGUAGUA